AUGGCUGUCGCUGCAGCUUCCCGUCCUGCGCCCCAUGGACAGCGCUCGCCAACCCUCAGCGAUGCGGGCAUGAUCCUACCAUCUUUUGCGACCGACUUUGAGCACGAGGAGGCUUUGCCCACUCCCUCUCCAGAGCGUCCCCCGUCGCCGUCCGACCUCUACAAGCAGGCAAAUUCAAGUCGAGUCAGAUUAAGUUCCGCACCCCAAGGCCGGCGCCGCGCUUCACAACAAACAAAAUCCCCGUCCCUAUCAGCACAGUCCUCGCGCUCCACGCUGCGCAACAUGCCCGACUCAGAGGCCACUCCUAAGAAUGUGCUUGCCCGUGACGAUGCUUUUGCUUCGUCUCCCACCAUCCAGAAUGCACUGAACAGCCACUCACCUAGCAACUGGCACGGGCAAGACCACCAUAAGACCAGUCCUACUUCAAGUUCCAUCUUCAGCGAAGACUUUGAGCAGUGGCCCGGGUUCGAUAGCCACGACAGCUUCGAGGACAGCGGAGUAGAUCUUGAAGAGCAAGAAAAGCGCAACCACUCCAUACAGGACAGCGACGCUGGCGACGGCAUGGGCAACGAGCGAUGGCACGAGGACCGUACUAGUGGCAGCGACGACGAUGACGACCCAUACUCAUCUGCCGCGCUCAGCAGGAGGGCAGAAAUUAUCUUGGCCAAUGCGAAGAAGCGGCUGAAUGUAAUGGAGGGUAACCUCCGCGGCGCACGAGAAUCACUCGUUGUCUCGCCCACCUUCAAUUCGAGAAAUCAAUCUUCCGACUUGACCUCACACAUAGCGGCAAGUCGCGACCGUGACCGACGAUUGUAUGCGGGCAUGGGACCAAUACCUCCGCGCAUCCAUUCAUAUCGCCAGUCUCUCCUCACUCCUCACGGCAGUAGCCCCGGCCACACACGGGGUAUGAGCGAGACGUCGGUGCCACUGCCAUUCACGCCUUCAUACUCGUACCUGACCCGAACUACAUCCAACAAGCGAUCUUCUAGUGCAUUUGGCCACACCAGCGGCCCGUGGUCGCCCGAAGGCUACGGUCAGGGACGCUUUCCUAUCAAGGAGUCCCGAAGCGUUGAGCACCUUCGCAAUCCUCGUACAACGUGGAGCAGUAGUGACCGCGAGCAUGCUGCAAGGUCCGCCUCAAGAAGUUCAAGAUCCCCGACUGCACUGGAGACUUUGCCAGAGGAUGAAGACGGCGCGAGGGUACACCGGUCCACUUCUGCAGCUAGCGGUCUCCGUGACCAGAUGAAUGACCUCAAGGGCAGAAUUUCCAGUCUGAAGCUGAAGGCACAAGAAGACCAUCUUCGACGCCGAAGCAUGCAAAGCCUACGCGCACCGAGCCCCUUCACGUCUUCCGAGACAUGGCAUCCAGGAAACACAACAAACGCUGGUUUGGGUAUCACGACGGAUCCCUACGAAGAACAAGAACGUCCGUUGACAGCCACUACCACCACCUCUCAGAAACACGGCGAGAAACUCGUUACUCACUUCAGCAAACAAGGUCAAAGGGCCAACGCGUACUCCGUUCAGCCCUACGACCAGGCUGAGGAGGAGUCGAGUGCAUCAACAGCGUUUGAAGACGACGACGAUGCUGAUGAGACUGAGUCUGACUUCGUCUCGGUCAAUGGAGACGACGAAGAACCUGGCCCUGAUAGUGUGUACGAGGACGCUGUUUAUGAGAUGCCUGUAACAGAACGACACGAAGAUCGUAUAGACGCAUUCGAUUACGAGACAUUCUUCCUGCACAGUGCGAUGGGAACCUACAGCCUAGAAGAUCGCCGAUCGAGUACCAGUUCUGGUACUUCUACCGAAACGACCCGGCCCGUGACAGCUGUCCAGACCACUGACGAUCUGAGCACCGCUGAGAAGAGAAUCUCUAUCCACCAACGGAACCCCAGUGUCGACUCGGUCUCGACUGUCGCCACGUUUGCUACUGCAGCAGAAGAACAAAACGACGAUGACGACGACGAUAAGAAUGAGCAUAUGGAUCAAUUCUCCCAGCAGAUAAUGUCAAGCCAAAAUCGGGUGCCCUCUCGCCCUGGCACUCAGAACGGCCUCCUCUCACUACGCUCCGACUCGGCAAUCAAUAUGCGACGCGGCAACGGCGCAUCUCCAACACAAUCAUCACUAUCACGUGGCUCAUCUUCGCCUGGAGAGCUUGCCAGCGGACUUCAAACCUCAAGGAUAUUCUCUAUCCUCACAGAAGGCAGCAGGGACGAACCACGGGUAGCACUGAGCGAAGAAGAGACACAACUCAUCUACGGGCUUGCCUCGAGCAUCCAGAAUGUCUGCUCCAAUCUGCAACACACAUAUGGUGAUGCAUACGAACGCAAGGCAUGGCGACGAAGACUAGAUGAAGCCCGCAAAAUACUUAAUGGCGAGGACAUUGAAGACGACCAGUCCUUCUAA